AACGGAUUGUAUGAGGAAAUUAGUUUCUAUACUAUUGAUUUCUCUCACCUUGGCAAGUUAAAUUCAAGGUCCUUUAUCUAAUCCAGUAAUGAAUGAAUUAGAAUAAACACAUUUAGGGAAAGCAUUCUUGAAAUUACUAAGCUUAAAAUCAAAGGCACAACAAUUUGAUUUCUCUAAAUUAUAUGCAGCACUUGAUGACUUACAAAAUUCAAUCAAAUAAAGAUUGGCUGAUGAAUAACAAGAGUAUUAACAAAAUGAAGUCUAAUAUUUCACAGACAAGGAAUUCUUCUCAGGUUAAAUCACACAAUUCUAAAAUGAAGUAAUCUUAUUUACUUACUUUAUUAGAUAGCAUCAUUAGAAAUAGAUGUUACAGAUUUCACUGAAAGUAGAGACUUAUUAUAAAUUGCUUUAAAUGGAAAGGUUGAUGAAUUGAAGGAAGUUUAAUCAUUAGCCGACGGAUUAUAAGCAAGAAUCACAAAAGAAGAAGGAAUCUUCAAGGAUCAAUAAAAUUAAUAUACAAAUGCUGUUUAAGCUCUUGAUUAAGCUUUGUAAUUGAUUGGAUAGCUUAGAGAUGGUUCAUUCAUCUAGAAUAGAAGUGUUUCAUUCUUAGAAGAAGGUCUAAAGCAACUCUAACAUUAAAGAAUUAUGUAUGGACCUUUGAUCACUGCAUUCACUUAGAUCAUGGCCCCAAGUUUCAAUGAUUCAGAAGCAAGUGCAAAGGUUUAAAAGUUAAUUCAAAAUUUGAGAGACACCAUUGUUAAAAAUAAAACAGACCUAGAAAAUGCUUAUCAAUAAGUUAGAGCCAUUGAUGAUCAUAAUCUCAGUCAAUAUAAUCAAAGAAUAAAUAAUUUAUCAACAAUUGUAAUUCCAACAAUAUAGGCUGAAAUCUAAACUAGAGAUGGUAACUUUAAUGUAUUAUUGAUUAGCUCAAAUUCAAACAAAGUAAAAUUUACUCAGAGAUGCUCAAACCAAUUUCAAGAAUGCUUCAGAUAACUUAGAUAAUACUAAUAACAGAUGGGUUGAAAGGUAUUUAUAAAUUGUAAUAUUUUAGAACCAAUGAACACAAUAAAUUGAUGGACUAGCUCUUAACUUAAUAAUCCCUAUUUCCCAAGAUAGUAAAUCAACUAGAGGGAGCAGGAGUUAGAAGAAGAUGAUUUUCUUAAGUUUAGC